UGCUACUGUUUUGGUGGCCUCAGCAUUGCCCUUUGGAUUGGUAGCUCUUUCUGAGAUAUGUCUGCCUGUGUGUGCCUGAACAGAUUCUAAGAUGGUUGCUACUCUGGAACAAGCACACCAAGAAAACAAGCAGCUGCAAGAGGCAGCUUGCAGCCCCUUUUCUAUGGAUUGGAUCUUCUUUCAGGGGAGCUACUAUUUCUUUUCCUACUCUCCAGGAAAUUGGGAUGUGGCCAACCAAUCAUGCACCUCCAUGGGAUUCCACUUAGUGACGAUCAACAGCAUAGAGGAAAAGGGCCAUGUUGCAACCAUCAUGAAGGCUCCUUCCUGCUGGAUCGGCCUUACUGACCAGGCACUUGAAGAAAUGCAAAUCAAACUUCAGUUCCACUAAUAGUUGGAAAGGAAGACUAAGUUGUCUCAUGGUUCCAGAAAUCCUACGUGGAACUUUUGAAUGCUGUUUCCAAGAGGUGGACCGGGAUGUGCACUGCCUGGCUGAUAAGUCUGUGUAAACUUGGGGAAGGCCUGAAUUCAGGUAAAAAAGUUUGGAGAGGGAAACCCAGUUCCCAGCAGCCUACAUGAGUCCUUCUCCAAUACCUUCAACCUAUCUGUAGAAGAGUCAGCACCUUUCACAUAAGACAGAACUCCUUGAGCUUCUUUUAACUGUGAUCUGUACUGUGAAGAAGAGGGAAAGAACUGCAUAGCAAGGGAGAAAUGCAGAGUGGGUUCAAAAGGCUGGGUGUGCAGGGAGAACCUCAAGAACCUGUUGCACUUCACACAGAGAAGAAGGGUUAUAGCUAGAAAGCCUUGAUCCCAUAAUAGUGAUAGAUGGUGAGCAAAUGUUUCAGUAAGAGCAGUAAAUUUGUUUUAAUUGACCCAGCAGUCAAUGAGUUCCAGUGUGUUUCUAAAUUGGUUUUUUCCCACACUCCACAUUGGUAUUGGUAAUGUGACCUGCCUACAUGUUAUUAAUUCCAGAAGUCUUUCCAGAGCCCACUGGGAAUUUUUUCAGUCAAUAAGUCUAACAAG